CGUAGUCGUCGUCGUCCGCCCCGCGCCGUGGUCCCUGUCGCGCUUAAUGCCGCCAUUAACUCGCUGCUGCCUGCUGGAGAUGAGGCAGCUCAGCCGUGGCGCCGAGCUCCGCUAUUAAAUGCGCGCGCAUCCCUGCAGCCAGGACUGCCACCAAGUGCCCAUGCUCUGCUCGGCUGCUUCAGCUCCCGGUGACGCCGCCGCGCGAUUGGUCCCGCCGCGAGGCUGCCACGGCUGAUCGGCCAGGACUCUCGGAUGGCACCGGCGUCCGCGAUGGAGCUGGAAGCGCCGCCACCGGCAGCAGCGGCGGCGGCGGCGGCCAAGGAGAUCAAGUCGCCGGAGGUGCUGUCGUCGCUGCAGCGCAAGAAGCUGGGCGCGCACUUCCUCGAGAGCGCUGAGCGCCGCUUCUCCGGCGCCGCCAGGACGCCCCUGGGCGGCGGGUACGAGCCGCCGCCGCCGCCGGCCUCCGCGGCCGGCACGACGCCGGUCAACAUCCGCGGCGAGCCCAUCGCGGACCUGUCGCGUACCGGUGGGUGGGUGGCCGCCCUCUUCAUCUUCGGCAACGAGAUGGCGGAGCGCAUGGCCUACUUCGGCCUCUCCGUCAACAUGGUCGUCUUCAUGUUCAAGGUCAUGCACCGCCCCUUCACCAGCUCCGCCAACGCCGUCAACAAUUUCCUCGGCAUCUCCCAGGCCUCCUCCGUGCUGGGCGGCUUCCUUGCCGACGCCUACCUCGGCCGCUACUGGACCAUCGCCAUCUUCACCACCAUGUACCUGCUCGGCCUCGUCGCGCUCACCGUCAGCGCCAGCGUGCCGGCGCUCGUGCCGUCCCAGGAGGGCUGCGACAAGCUCGCCAUGCUGCUGGGCGCCUGCGCGCCCGCCGAGCCCUGGCAGAUGGCCUACCUCCACACGGCGCUCUACGUCACGGCGUUCGGCGCCGCCGGGAUCCGGCCCUGCGUCUCCUCCUUCGGCGCCGACCAGUUCGACGAGCGGAGCCCCGGGUACAAGCGCCGUCUCGAUCGCUUCUUCAACCUCUUCUACCUCGCCGUCACGCUUGGCGCCAUCGCCGCCUUCACGGCGGUCGUGUACAUCCAGAUGCACCGUGGCUGGGCCGCGGCGUUCGGCACGCUGGCGCUCGCCAUGGGCACCUCCAACGCGCUCUUCUUCGUGGGCACGCCGCUGUACCGCCACCGCGUGCCGGGGGGCAGCCCGCUGACGCGGGUGGCGCAGGUGCUCGUCGCCGCCUUCCGGAAGCGGCACGCGGCCUUCGACAGCGGCGGCUUCGUCGGCCUCUACGAGGUCGCCGGCGCCAAGUCCGCCGUCCGGGGCAGCGCCAAGAUCGACCACACCGACGACUUCAGGUGGCUUGACAAGGCGGCGCUGCAGCUGGAGGGCGACCUCGCCGGCGGCGAGGCGGCGCCCGACCCGUGGCGGCUCUGCACGGUGACGCAGGUGGAGGAGGUGAAGAUCCUGCUGCGGCUGCUGCCGGUGCCGGCGUGCACGGUGAUGCUCAGCGUGGUGCUCACCGAGUUCCUCACCCUGUCGGUGCAGCAGGCCUACACGCUCAACACCCGCGUGGCGGCGCUGCACCUCCCGGUGACGUGCAUGCCGGUGUUCCCCUGCCUGGCCAUCUUCCUCGUCCUCGCGCUCUACUACCAGACCUUCGCGCCGCUGGCGCGCCGCCUCACGGGCCACCCGCACGGCGCCUCCCAGCUCCAGCGCGUCGGCCUCGGCCUCGUCUUCUCCAUCCUCUCCGUCGCCUGGGCGGGGCUCUUCGAGCGCUACCGCCGCGGCUACGCCGUCCGGCAUGGCUACCUCGCCCUCUUCCUCUCGCCGAUGCCGGGCCUCAGCGCCUACUGGCUGCUCAUCCAGUACUGCCUCAUCGGCGUCGCCGAGGUGUUCUGCCUCGUCGCGCUCCUCGAGUUCCUCUACCAGGAGGCGCCCGACGCGAUGCGCAGCGUUGGCUCCGCCUACGCUGCCGUCGCCGGCGGCCUCGGGUGCUUCAUGGCGUCGGCGCUCAACACCGCCGUCGACGCCGCGACGAGGGACGACAGGGCCGGGCGCCCGUCGUGGCUGGCGCAGAACAUCAACGUCGGCAGGUUCGACUACCUCUACUGGCUGCUCGCCGUGCUCAGCACGAUCAACCUGCUCGUCUUCAUCUACGUCGCCAAGCGGUACAAGUACAGGGUCAGGAUCGACGCGCAGGACACAGGUGUGAAUAAGCACUAGCUUUUGGCGCGAGAAGGAUUUGAAUUUGGUUGUGGAUUUUGCUUCACUGAAUUUGCUGUACAAACGCAUUACAAGGAGUACCAUAACAUUGGCCAUUUUUUCAAAUACCAGUACUUCAGAAAAGAAACAGAUUUGCUAAAGCUCCAAUUCCCUGAAGAAACUUCAGAUCUCCAAUUCUAUGCCGAAGCCGCUGUUAGUGAAACAGACCAGCUAGGAGCUUGGGCUUCCAACUGGGGAUGCAUUCUUGAGAUCAUUGAGUAAGCAGCUCAGGAACGAGUUGUUUUCAUGCUGAUAUUAGCACACCAUCUUUUAGGAAUCUGCACGUUUGGAAGCAUGAAAACUUGAAAAGGUCAGGAUUUAAUCA